AUGAAUGGUUCUUUGAUAUAUUCACAUGAAAACUUUACACGGUGGGUGUCCAGUAUAAUAUCUCCAAUAAUAUUACUUGGUUGUGCUAUUGGAAAUAUAAUAUCAUUCAUUAUUUUAUUACGACCACGUCUUCGUCGACAAACAACAUCAAUUUAUUUAGCAGUUCUAUGUAUUGCUGAAAUAGGAACAUGUUAUACUGGUCUUUUAAGACAAUUUUUACUUGAUGCAUUUGAUCUUGAUAUUCGAAGAAUAAAUUCAUUUACAUGUCGUACACAUAUUUAUUUAACAUAUAUAUUUCUUCGUUUGGCACCAUUAUUACUUGUUCUUGUUACAUUACAACGUUAUCUUUAUGUUACUCAUCGUGCUAUAUGUACUUUAAAAUCAACAUGUAUACAAUUAUUUUGUUUAUUUUUAUUUGUUUUUAUAGCUGAGUUACAUUUAUAUAUAUAUUAUGAAUUAACAUAUUCAGAUACACGACCAAGAAGUGAUCAUAUACCAUUCGAAUGUACUGUAGAUAAACUUCAUCAUAAAACUUAUUAUGAAUUUCGUAGUAGAAUCUAUCCAAAAUUAGCACUUAUAACAUAUACAAUAAUACCAUUAACUGUUAUUAUUGUUGGAAAUAUUCUAUUAAUACGAACAGUACGACAAGCAUCAAAACGUUCACGUUCAAAAGCAAGAAAAAAACGUUCAGUAACAAGAAUGUUAUAUGCUGUUAGUAUACUUUAUUCAGUAUUAACAUCUCCAGCAUCUAUAUUUCUUGCAAUAGCACCAACUAGUUAUCAAUUAGCACCAGCAUUUCGUUUACAAUGGACAUUAUUACGUUUAUUAUUUUAUUUAUGUCAUUCAGUUAAUUUUUUAUUAUUUUGUGCAAGUGGAACAUUUUUUCGACAAGAAUUUAUUUCAUUUAUACAUUCAAAUUGUGGUUUUCGAAUAAAUUGGAGACAUAAUGCAGAACGUACUGGUGAUAAUGGUGGUAUAACAAAAUUUGAAGAAGAAACAUUACAACACAGUGUUCAUCCAAAUCCUAGUGAAUUUAGUUUUGCUGUAAGUGAAAGACCAAGUUCAAAAUUAAAUGGAAAUAUAUCAGCAGACAGUCAAUUAGGCUUAUGA